UGAGCUGUGGGGAAGGGGAAAUGCGCAAUGUGCGGGGGCAGGGGGAAGGGGAAGGGGUGGAGUGGACAUGACCUUUUUCUAGGGUACAUUACUCCUGCUGGGUUCAAGAACCCCUGGCUUCAGCCUCCCCAGCUCUCGGCCUUGGCCCCCUGGAAGAAGGGGCCGGUCCUCUGGGGAAGAGCAGCUGCUAAGGGGUUUGGGAAUUUGGGGUUUCCUGCUUACCGCUCCCUUCUAUUUGUCUCCCCUAGGCCCAAAGGGCUGAAGGAGAGGCUUGCAGGAGGAAUGGGGGAGGGGCGGAAGGAGGGGACACGGAUUCCGAUUUCGCUGGUUUAACACCUGACCCUCUGCUAGGUAGUCUUACCCACCCACAUUCUCUCAUUGAAAUUGCCCAGUAACUCUGUGAGGGAGUUAUAGUCUUCCUUUUAUAGACACAGCAGAACUGCCCCAAAGGGUUUCCAAAGCUGUAAAUCUCUACUGAAGCUCCUUCAUGAACUUUGUACCUGUUAUUCUUCACUUAAGGCAUAAAUGACAUCACCAGUAUGUUCUUUUCUUUUCCUUUAUUUGUUCUCCACAAAACUAUAAAGAGCCAGAACUCUAACCCAAAAACUAAAGGUGCCCUGCUGGCACAGUGGUUAAGCACUUGGCUGCUAACCAAACGGUUUGCUGUUCGAACCCACCAUCCCCUCCACAGAAGAAAGAUGUGGCAGUCUGCUUGUGUAAAGAUUAUAGCCUUGGAAACCCUAUGGGGCAGUUCUGCUCUAUCCUACAGGGAUGCCAUGAGUCAGAAUCAACUCAAUGUCAAUGUGUUUGGUUUGGGUUUUGCUUUUAUGGACAAGGUGUGGAGAAGUGACUCGCCCAAGGGCACAUAACCAGUAAGUGAUAUAGCUGGGAUUUGAACUCAGGUCUGACUCAAAAGGUGGGGCCCUCAAGGUCAUUUUGAUGAGAAUAAGCCAAGAGUCUCCUUUUGUUAAAGGCACACCACCUGGCUCCGGAGUCAGACAAGUUUCCAAUCCUGGCUUUGUCGCUUUCUAUGUGCCAUUGACCAAACCCCUUCACCUUUCUAAGCUUCAGUUCCUCCCCCUAAAAUGGGUUCUAUCUCCUGGGGCUGUAGUUGAGUAUUCGAUGAGAUAAAGUAAGUGAAAGCCCCUUCAGGGCCUGGCACUGCUGUGAACACUCACUAAAUAGUAGCUAUUGUCAUCAUGAGGAAGAGGAGGAGUCUGGCUGGGCAGUAUCCUCUGCUCCUUGGCAGGUGACUUUGUGAAAGGCAGAUAGGCCCUACUCUAAACAUUGGCCUCUGCAGGGCUGGGGCUGUCCUGGAACCUUGCCCUCUGAACAUUCACACCAUAGGUGCCCGGUUCAUCUGUGUCUGAACAAAUGUUCCACAUACAUCCGCGACUCCAUCUGUGUGCCCAGGCCCAUACUGGGCACUGGGGACAUGGAGAUCUGAUUUGGUCCCUGCCCCUAGAAACACCCAGGUUGAUGUGGUUGAAGCAGAUGCAGUCAUAGACACUAAAGCAUUUGUGUGAUUGGGCAGCAUUAGAAGGAAGCACAGGGGUCUUGGGAGCUCAGAGGCAACACCUAACUCAGCCAGCAGAGUCAGGGCAGGCUUUCGAGAGGCUGGCAUUUGAAUAGAGUCUCUAUAGGUAAAUAGAGUGCCAGGCAGAGGCAGGAAGGCUAGAGGUUUUCUAAGCAGAAUGAUCUAGAUAAGCAAAGGUCCAGAGGUGAACAAAUGUGUGGCCCGAUGUGUGAGAUAGGAAGUGUCCAGAAGGAUGGUCAGAGUAGACUGCAAAGUCAUGGAGGCUCUGGAAUGUCUCUUAAGGGUAGUAUGGUGCCAUAGAUGUACUUAAGCAGGGGAGUGACCUGGUCAGAUCUGUGGUUUAAGAAGUCUUCAGGCUUGUUAGGAGUGGAGUGGAUAGACAACAGAAAGACCUGAGAAGGAUGAUGGCAAGGGGGCAGAACUAACCAUGCCUGUAGAGUUGUGGGAUGGGGACAAUGGGGUGGUUAGCUUCUGUGCACUGGCUCUCCAAAUCCAAUCUAAUCUCUGUCAGGACUAGCAGGGCUAAGUGCCUGACCCCUUCCCUUUCUCCCUGGGCAGCCUCCUGUGGCACAGCCCCCCAAGCACGCAUCACGGGUGGAAGCAGUGCAGCCCUUGGUCAGUGGCCCUGGCAGGUCAGCAUCACCUACGAUGGCAACCACGUGUGUGGCGGUUCUCUCAUGUCUGACCAGUGGGUGCUGUCAGCUGCUCACUGCUUCCCCAGUGAGCACAGCAAGGAUGACUAUGAGGUAAAGUUGGGCGCCCACCAGCUGGACACCUACACCCCUGAGACUGAGGUCCGCACCGUGGACCAGAUCAUCACCCACAACAGCUAUCGUGAGGAAGGCUCCCAGGGUGACAUUGCACUCAUCCACCUCCGUCAACCCGUCACCUUCUCUCACUACAUCCAGCCCAUCUGCCUCCCCGCCGCCAACGCCUCCUUCCCCAAUGGCUUCCUCUGUACAGUCACUGGAUGGGGCCAUACGGCCCCCUCAGUGAGCCUGCCGGUCCCCAGGCCACUUCAACAACUUGAGGUGCCACUGAUCAGUCGUGAGACAUGUAACUGCCUGUACAACAUCAACGCCAACCCUGAGGAGCCCCAUUUUAUCCAGGAGGACAUGGUGUGUGCUGGCUAUGUGGAAGGGGGCAAGGAUGCCUGCCAGGGUGACUCUGGGGGCCCACUCUCCUGCCCUGUGGGGGGCCUCUGGUACCUAACAGGCAUUGUGAGCUGGGGUGAUGCCUGUGGGGCCCCCAACAGGCCUGGUGUAUACACUCUGACCUCCAGCUAUACCUCCUGGAUCCAACAGUAUGUGGCAGACCUCCAGCCCCAUGUGGUACCCCAAACCGAAGAGUCCCAGCCUGACAGCCACCUCUGCGGGCAGCAUUCGGGCUACAACUCUGCCCCAGGUCAGGGCUUGCUGGGGCCCAUCCUUCUGCUGCCACUGGGCCUGACCCUGGGCCUCCUCUGUCCGUGUUGGGAACACUGAGCUGCUCACUUCAGCUGACACUGUUGGGAGCCGACCUUGUUUCCAGAACUGACAUACAAUACCAAGAGACAGACACCUGCCCCCAGGAAUGGACCUGACAUUACACUGAUACCCUUUGGGCCCAAGGCCUGACUUGAGGCACUCCUUCCUCCUAGGACCCUGUGGGAGGCCAGGGAACCAUCCUGACCUUUGAACCUACUCUUCUGAGUUCGUUCUUUGGGACUACAACUCAGUCUGAGUUUUACUGCCUGUGGUAUUGGCUGGAACCUCUGGCCCCUCCAGCUAGCUGCCCACUUGCUUAUCCACAAACCUGUUGGUUGGGCUCCUAUGGAGCCCCCAAGGAUCCUUAUCUAUGAAAAUGGCCCCUGGCUCCCCACUUUGUUUCUAGAAGACUGGGCAGCUGCCCAGCUCAUGCUGCUGAAGGGUUGGCUCCAGUGCCUCCACGUGUCCUGCCUGAUGAGCCCCAUCACUUCAGCUGCUUCCCACCUUCAGGGCCUCGGCUGCCCAAUUUGUUUUCAAGGACAGGAAAGGUGCCAGUCUUGCCCACCCAUGGGCUUCCAUACCCCCUCCCCCACCUAAAGCCCUAACUCCUGGACUCCGGAGGACUGAGCCCCCCUCGGAACUGGGUUGGGGCUUGGAUCUGGGGAAGAGGGGUUAAAAGGAGUAAGGAGUAAAAUGUUCUAAGCACAACUGGCUGUGUGUGUGAGCUGAAAUAAAUCAGAACAUGAGCUCUUGGCCUUACCCUCCCAACUCCAAAGUCCAGAGCCACUGGCAGAACUUACUUUAUUUAAAAAAGGAGAGGGUCCAAACAGGUCUGUACAUAUUUACAGGCUAGGUGGCAAGGAGGCAUGGGUUCAGCAGUGGCGGCACUGGCCACUCACUUCUUGGAGAGUUUGACUUGCUUGUGCUUGGGGGGUGCCCACUUCAGGCAGACAGAGUCCACUGUAGGGAGAAGAGGAAGGAGAGACAGGGCUGGGCCUCCAGGCCAGGCCCGCUCACACCUGGCUGUGCUGCCCUGGGCCCAAGCCAGGUUUCACCUCCUCCAGGUGAGAACAAAAGGACAGAUUGAGUCCUGGGGAUGGGGGUUGGGAAGCCCA